CUAUUCCUUGGUGGGUAAAGAGUUGUUGGUCUUGACAGUUCUUCCUGGGAUCUUGUGUGAUAUAGUAGUGCCAAGAAAAAAAAUAGCCAUGAAUUUCUCCGACGAAGUGAGCCCCCUCCUCGCCUCUACACAAGUUUCGGAGAAAAUGCAGCGGUGGUCAGAAGCCAUCGCGAAAGGAGAGAAGCCUUCUGGAGAUAUCUACGGGAAACCGUCCGAGAAUCAACUCAGAGAGCUCGAGAAUGUUAGGAGUUUGAGUCGAGAAUUACAGGAUAACUUACAUGAACUAGAAAACUCCGUCCGCAUAGCCGAUAUAGAAAACGCCGCGAUGAACCCCACAGCCCCCAUCCUCGACUACUCCGAGGACCACGAGUUUGUCUCCGCGAACCAGCUCGACAACUACUACGCAGAAGAAGACAGAGUGGACGCUAAGGAAGAGGAGAAGAGAAGAUUGACUAAGGGUACAGCGCCGAGGACGGAGAUGCAGAUGUUUUAUCGGGGGCAGAGUGUGUUGUUGACGGGGGGCAGCGGGUUUUUGGGGAAGGUUACAAUUGAAAAACUCCUGCGCUCGUGCCCAGACAUUGAAAACAUCUACGUAUUGAUCCGGGGCAAGAAAGGAAAAGAUCCGAAAACUAGACUCAAUGAAUUGAUGGACGCUUUCCUGUUUCACAGAGCCCACAAAGAGAACCCCAAAGGCAUCUUCAAGGUCCUCCCAAUCGUUGGAGACAUGGAGCUGCCCGGUCUCGGCAUCAGCGAAGAGGACAGGAAGACUAUUAUCAGUAAGGUGACGGUAAUAAUCAACGCGGCGGCCACUGUGAAGUUCGACGAGAAGCUCUCAAUAGCGACCAACAUCAACGUUCGGGGCGCGAGAGAAGUGAUCGCUUUAGCCAAGGAGUGUAAGAACUUGAAGGCACUGACGCACAUUUCGACGGCGUUCUCACAUACACAUGUUAAAUGUGUGGAGGAGAGGUUUUACGAAUCUCCCAUGACAGUAGAGGCUCUAGAAGCAAUCACGCAGCUAGACGAAAACCUACUAGAUGAUAUCACACCCAAACUUCUCGGCAAAUACCCCAACACGUACUGCUUCACAAAAGCCGUUGCUGAAGAGGCCGUCCGGAAGUACGGGGAAGGCAUGCCAAUCUGCAUCGUCCGGCCGUCGAUAGUGGUGUCAACGUAUGAGGAGCCUGUACGCGGCUGGACCGACAGCGUCUAUGGUCCUUCUGGUCUUAUGGUUGGAAUCGGGUGUGGGGUUCUCCGCACAAUGUACAUGGACACAGACAAGCACGUGGAUCUAGUGCCAGUGGACUACGUUGUCAACUCCCUAUUGGCAGCCACUUGGCACACCGCCAAGAACUUUAGAGAAAAUCAAACGUCAGACAUCCCGAUUUACAACUUUGUCUCGGGAGCACAGAACCCUUUGAAAUGGAGCGCUUUUAUCGAUAUGAACCAGAAAUAUGGCAUUGAGAAACCUACUACAAAAGCUGUUUGGUAUUAUGGCCUCACUCCAACCAGCAAUUACUUGGUGUUCCUAGUUCUCAACUUUUUCCUUCAUUUCUUGCCCGCCGUCCUGGUUGAUGCCUACUGUACGCUAGUUGGUCGCAAACGAGUAAUGCUAAAAUUGUACAACAAAGUUAUGAAACUGGCGAGAAUUCUGUUCUACUUCACGAUGAAAGAGUGGCAUUUCUCCGACCGAGGUGUGAGAGCCAUAUGGGGCAGUUUAGACCCGUCUGACCGAGUGGUGUUCCCAUUCAACAUGUCUGAGAUGUCUUGGGAUUAUCAUGCUGAGACAUUCAUUCUCGGUCUUCGUGUAUACCUGGUCAAAGACGACCUUUCCACUCUGCCAGAAGCCAAGAAAAAGUGGAACAGACUUUACUACCUCCAUCAGUUCGUGAAACUGGUAUUCUUCGGUUUGUUGCUGAAUCUGGCGUAUGUCACUCUACGGUCCAUCUCCAGACUUGUGCUAGGAUAAUUGGGAGGUUAGGACACUUGAGAUUUUAUGUGGGAAGGGAACAGUGGUUGGAAAAAUGGGUACAGUGGAUCAAGUAGUGAUGUGCCGUUUUCGAUAACACAAUAAUUUACCCGAUUUUUAUAAGGGACCGCAUGCUUGUUUGCCACCGACGUAGUCUAGAAAAAAGGGAUCAUUACUCGGGAACUUUCCCCAUACAAAUCGGGUAAAUUACUAGAACGUGCCAUUUCUAGGUUCAAGCUGUAGGUAAACACGUUAUUUCAUAUAGUUUAUUGUAAAUUAAUUAAUUAGAACCCAUCCCAUCUAAUGUUAGAUGUUAAUUUGAAGGGUGACGAGAUUAUAGGUGUUAAAAAAUAUAAUUAGCAUUUUUUUUUGUAAAACUGUAUUGAAAUUUUCUAUACUGUAUAGUCUAGUCGUUCUGAACUCUGUCAAAAACCUACAGAUAAAUCAAGAAUACACCAUAGAUAUAUUUGUACUUAAUUAAGAAUGGGUAUUUGGCAUAUAGAUCAACCCACAACUGGACUAAAAUUGGGUAGCACUACGGUCGGUAGGAUCAUGUAGGGAACAGUGGCUCAGUGGAAAAUGUACCUGGGUAGAGUUACGCAAGUCCUAUGUUACAUGUGUAACAGGCUUGAUCCACUGUUCCCCACUUGACCCUACGUAACAAGUCUAUGUUGUCUUAUAUUUAUUGUCUGAACUGGGGAUCGAUUUUUGAAUUUCAAACGCACGAAUUCGCCGUUCGAAAGUCUGUGGAAAACGACGUAAUGCUAUUUUUUGAAAAAGGACGGCUAGUAAUUUUAAAACUAGUGGUAAUGACCACUCGUUUUCCAUUCUGUUAGUAGAAUUUAAAUCGCUAGUAGUGGAGAUAUUAUUGAACGAAUUUCACGAAAUCGAAUGGCCGAGAUUCAAACAUCAGCCCCCAGUACUGUGAACCCAGACAUAUAUAAAUAGUGAAAAUUAUACAAAUAGGUAGUUUGAAAGACGAGUUACCAUUAUUAUUAUUUUACGUAUAAUUUAUAGUUAUGGAAUAUAAUCGAGGAGCCAUUAGGUUUUUUUUUAUUUGUAGAUCAUUUCACAGUAUAAGUAUUAAAUAGGUACUUAAGCUUGAAUCCUAAGUGCGUUUCCACAUUAUCCGAUCCGAUAUAGGACCGAUAUCCCAUAUAUU